GAAGAGCCGGCCCAGCUUCAGGGAGGAGGCUUGCCCUCCCCAUCUCUCGCCUCAUCCCAGCGCCUGCACUCAUUGUGCUGCCCAAGAAACACCUCCUUCGAUGAUGUCCACUGAACAAAUGCAGCCAUUGGAGCUCCCAGAAGACAGACUGGACAAGCUAGACCCUCGUUGUGACCACUUAGAUGACCUUUCAGACCAGUUCAUUAAAGACUGUGAUCUCAAAAAGAAGCCAAGAAAGGGAAAAAAUACACAGGUUGCCCUGAAUGUUGAGUCAGACCAAAAAAAGCCAAGGAGAAAAGAUACACCAGCACUGCACAUCCCACCUUUUAUACCAGGUGUCCUUUCAGAACAACUACUUAAAAGAUACGACAUUCAAGAGAGACACCCAAAGGGCAAAAUGAGUCCAGCUCUUCAUAACACUGACCUGGAACAGAAAAAACCAAGGAGAAAAGACACACCUGCCCUGCACGUGUCCCCCUUUGCAGCAGGUGUGACACUGCUCAGGGACGAGAGACCCAAAGUGAUCAUGGAAGAUGACGAAAAGGAUGGUGACAAGAUAUCUAUUUAAAGAGAGUUCUCCUGAGACCACUUGUAAAUAGGUUAGAUUGGUUCCCUGUGGCGACCUAGGCAAAAAAUAGACUUGCUUCUGCUCUCAUUUUGUGAUAGUCCGCCUUUGAGAUCCAGACACCUUUCCCCCAAGAGGCGUACCGUAUCAGAUUGCCAGGGACCUCUUUGUCUCGCUCCUCUUUCUUGAAUCUGGUUUCUAUUUUCACCUCUUGAAUUUUCAUUUUCUAAUGCAGUGGAAAGGAAACAUCGUUCUAAAUUAGCAGGUAACAGGGAAAGCUCUAGUGUUCAGCUUCUCCAUCAAUGCAUGGAGCAAAGAACAUGAACGAACAGCACAGAAGUGCUUUAUUUCUUGGUUUAUGCUGGUGGGCAAGACUUGACUUCACAUUAUCCAAAUAGUAGUUCAAGUGCGGACUCCCUGUUGCCAGUUAGGGAGGUGAGAAUGUUUGGGUGCAGACUCACUGAAUGCUUUGGAGAACAUGGUCUUUUAUCUCUUUUAUCUUUCCUCAAGAGUCCAAGUGUCUCUGGUGACAUUUCCAAGGCCCUUGUCACAGAUACCAUGACGGUGAAUGUGCUGGGGGCAUCAACCCAAUCAACCAUGCCUUGGCUGAGAAUACCAGAGAUAGAGAGUGCUGAUCUACUGAGAAGCUUAGCGAUAUAUCCUACUUAUUUUUAUUUUUUGAAACAUCUCUUAACCAUGUUGUCCUGAAAUUUGUGAACUGUGUCACACAUGAACCAUUCAUUACCAAUGAUAGGUAGGAUACUGUCUGUGAUGAAUUUACUUUUUAAAAAAUUAAUUAAGGCCAGUGGAAGGCCCCUCCCAGCAUUCUCACUUAUUUAGAACCCCCUAUGCUUUCUUGGAUGGGAAGGAAAGAUGUGGUGUUAGCUACUGAGCAGGGGUCUAUACAUAACCCCUGCCCCAGCCUGCUGUCUGUGGGUGCCGUGGGGAACCUUUGCAUGAGGGCCUCAUCCAACAGAUGAUAGAGAUGGGGAAAGGCAAAAAUUGUUGUUCAAAAGUAGAAAAGUGGGUAUUCAAACAGAUCUUGCCUAAAAGUGGUAACUUCCAAGCUCUGUUUACACCCUGGCUCCGGGAACCUGUCUUUCUCACAAGUGUGGAAAAGAUACAGGACACC